AGCUGGCAAACUGGGUGCAUUAUUUUAUGCUUGAGCUCUCCGAGCUUUACCUGAACAACGGAGACAUGAACAGUGCCAUGAACACGCUGCAGUUUUCGAUACGGUGGGCCAAAGGAUGCAACGAUGUGGUUAGCGAGGCGAUGGCUAGCGUGCAGCUGCUGGGACGGCUGGUCGAGACCAGGGCAUGGCAGAAGGCAGGAUGAGGUGGUUGAGAGCCUGAGCCGACUAAUGCAGGAGCGCAAGGUGGCAGAAGGUGUACCAAAUCACAUCGCGAUUCUUAGCGCUGAAGGCGGCGAUGCUGGUUAUGCAGGGCAAAGCAGAAGCAGCGCGCCAGACCAGCGGCCUUUGCACGCCAAGUGCUGAAGAACUGGCAGGCGGCGUUCGUCAAGAAGCUGGUCAAUGGGAAGGCAGCCGAUGCUGGGUCGAUAUU